AUGCUACACAGCUUGGGGGCCAUAUUAGUGUACGCAUUGCCACUAGCCUCUUCCGCGAAGAUAGCAAGAGCUCCAAGGCAAUCUCUUCCAUCAUACAAUUACAAUGUCAUAGAAUCAAGUAUCGAUGCGCGCCAGAUCCCGUCCAUUGUAGUAAACACAGGCGGGUUGGGAGGGCAGGGACCCAAUGGAACUGUACCGUUACGACUAGAGAUUCGAGAACUGAUGAAAAACUCCGACAUGUGGACAUUGUACAUACUAGGGCUUGAUAGAAUGCAAAAUGUGGAUCAAAAUGAACUUCUCUCCUGGUAUCAGAUCGGAGGAAUUCACGGGAGUCCUCAUACACCAUAUGAUGGAGUACCGCCUAAACCUGGCAAUGAAAAUCAUGGGUACUGUGUACACGUUUCACAGCUAUUUCCUACUUGGCAUCGCGCCUACCUUGCCUUAUAUGAGCAAGCUCUUUACGGCACAAUUCAGACUAUUGCAAAGGCAUAUCCAGAAGGGCCGAUCCGAGAAAGAUAUGUAAAUGCAGCAUCUAACUUUCGCAUACCUUAUUGGGACUGGGCUUCCGCCCAAUCGACUGGGAAUCAAACACAACCCCAAGAUUUUGGAUUGAUUCCCAAUGUAAAGAUUGAUGGCCCAGCUGGCACUCAAAUGAUUGCAAAUCCUCUGUACAGCUAUAAAUUUCAUCCGCUAAACGCGUCAGACUUUGAAGACGACCCGUUUAACAAGUAUCCCGCUACAGUACGCUACCCAACCGGGGCAACUGCUUCUGCAAGCUCUCAAAACAACAUCUUUGAACAAGUGUUCAAUAGUACAAAAGAUAAUAUCAGAAGUAGGGUUUAUGCGCUUUUGACAAACUACCAUGAUUACUUGGGAUUUAGCAAUGAUGGAUACCGAAAAGAAGCGCCUCCAAAUGAGCAAGAUUCUCUCGAAUCCAUUCAUAAUCUAGUACACAAUCUAAUCGGCGGUAAUGGACACAUGACAUAUAUUGACUAUUCUGCCUUCGAUCCAUUUUUUUUCCUUCAUCACACAGCGAUAGACCGCAUCUUUGCACUAUGGCAGGUUCUCAAUCCAGAUUCCUAUAUUACUUCCUUACCAGCUGUUACCAACUCUUACACCAUAGUCGCUGGCGAAAUUCAAGAUAUCAAUUCACCAUUAACACCAUUUUUUAAAGAUACUUCUGGAAAUUUCUGGACAUCUGCUGGCCUCAGGGACACAAGGAGUAUGGGAUACAACUACCCGGAAACAUGGAAUCCCGACCCAGCAGUAAGAAGGAAAGAUGUAAUCACAGCAGUCAAUACACUCUACGGCCCUGGUGUUAGCAGCCCUAAGAUGAGUUUUGACGCUCUCAGUAUUUCAGAAUCUGGUAAGUAUCGUGAAUGGGUUGCAAACAUACAGAUGUACAAACACGGACUCAGUGCUCCUUACUCGGUGUUUAUAUUCUUGGGGCCCUCGAACCCUGACCCAAAUGCUUGGUCUUCUGAUCCCAAUCUCGCAGGGUUACACACCACGUUCGUUCGUAGUGUUUCCCACACUAAAGACUUCGAACCCCAAAAUUCACCAAUUGUGACUGCCGCAAUCCCACUCACGCAGGCUUUGUUCGAUCACAUCGGGCGGGGUGAACUAGAUAGCUUGAGCGUCGAGGAUGUGACGCCGUGGCUGGAAGAAAAUUUACAUUAUCGCGUAUCACUGCUAAAUAGUACUGAAGUCAGCGGAGAAAGUGUACCUGGGCUUAAAGUUUUUAUUGCUAGCGCAGAUAUGAAACUUCCAACCGAAGAAGAUGAAAUGCCCGUUUGGGGUGAGAUGAAGGAACAUAUGCAGGUUAUUGAAGCUUGUAGGACAGAAAAGUUAUAA